AUGAUGUCUUUACCUGAUCAACAUUCCCCACUCGACAAUGAUCUACCACCAGAGAAAAAGAUCAUAACCGAAGUCUCCACGGAUCAGGAGUCGUCGGAUGAAGAAAUUAUCAAAGAUUGGGAUGAUAAGGAGGAGAAUGCGCUUCGUCGAAAAAUUGACUUUAUCCUUCUCCCCAUUCUUGGCCUCGCCUUUUUUGCUCUCCAAGUUGACCGUGGAAACAUCAGCGCUGCGCUCACGUCCACUAUCACCGAUGACCUGGGGAUAACAACCAACCAGAUUAAUAUCGGUACGCAAUUGCUCUCGGCCGGUAUUGUCCUCACAGAAAUCCCGUCGAAUAUCAUCCUUCAACGGAUCGGCCCGCAGAUAUGGCUCUCGGUCCAGCUGUUCGCCUGGGGUCUUGUCGCGACCUUUCAGGCGUUCGUGCAGAGCUAUCCUGCGUAUUUAGUAACGAGGCUGUUGCUAGGACUGUUGGAGGGCGGCUUCAUCCCUGGCGCGUUGUACUAUCUUUCCACAUGGUACAAGAAAGGCGAGACAAGCUUCCGCACCACCCUCUUCUUCUUCGGACAGAUGUUCGCAGCAGCGACCUCGAGCCUUAUAUCCGCCGGCCUACUGACCCUAGACGGUAAACACGGGCUCUCCGGCUGGCAAUGGAUCUUUCUCAUCGAAGGCCUAAUAACAAUCUUCGCCGGCAUCAUCUUCACUCUCCUCGUCCCACCCAGGGCCGGCAACGGUUACGCUCUGAUCGGCCUCAAGCGCUGGAGCUAUUUCACCCCACGCGAGUCCCACAUCAUCCGCAACAGAGUCCUUCUGGACGACCCGCGCAAAGCCCGCGGCCAUAUCAAGAUCACGGCCAAGGAUAUCUGGAACACCGUGCGCCAGCCGAACACCAUCCAGCACUUUUUCAUUACCCUCGUCGCCAUGUCAGGGUUCCAGGGUCUGACGCAGUAUACGCCGAGCAUGAUCAAGUCGUUUGGGUUCAGUGCCGUGCGGGCGAAUGCGCUGGCGUCGGUGCCGAUUUAUUGCAGCAUGGUGUGGUGUCUGGGGCUGUCUUAUUUCGCAGAUCGCUCCGGACAUCGAGGUCCCUUCGUUCUCCUCGCCAUCACGUGGAAUGUGAUCUCGUACGCCUGUCUGCGCACGACGCCGUAUUCCUCGUCGAGUUGGCAUAAGUAUGGUGUCGUCGCCGUAGCGAAUGUAUCCUAUGCCAGCAUGCAGGUCAACAGUGUCCUAAACAUCGGCUGGCUUUCCGUCUACUGCAAAACACCCCAAGAGCGAAGUGUCUCCAUGGCGUUGAUCGUUAUGGCGGCCAAUUGUGCCGGUAUCUCCGGAUCGCAGAUCUUCCGCACAUCGGAUAAACCGAGAUAUCUGCAUGGCUUGACGGCUAUUUGUGCCUUGGCCGGGGCGUCAUGGGUAUUGGCAGCAGCACUGGGAGUGCAGUAUUAUCUGAAGAGGAGAAAAGCCGGGGCAAUUGGUAGUGGAGUAUAG